GGGCGCCAUUUUAGUUCCUGUGGUGUCGGGGAGCAGGCGGAAGUGCCGCCAUCUACUGUCAGCGGCUCCGGUGUAAGCCUUCCCUCCUCCUAGUCCACGGGUGUUACCGGGCUCGGCGCCGUCACAAUGCCGUCCACACCGCUCCGUGUAGCUGUGGUGUGCUCCAGCAACCAAAACCGCAGCAUGGAGGCUCACAAUAUCCUCAGUAAACGGGCCUUCAAUGUCCGAUCAUUUGGAACAGGAACACAUGUCAAACUUCCGGGUCCAGCACCAGACAAGCCAAAUGUAUACGAUUUCAAAACCACAUAUGAACAGAUGUACAAUGAUCUCCUUAAGAAAGACAAAGAACUAUAUACACAGAACGGUAUUCUACACAUGUUGGAUAGAAACAAGAGGAUCAAACCCCGGCCCGAGAGGUUUCAGAACUGCAAGGACCACUUCGACCUGGUGAUUACCUGCGAGGAGAGGGUCUAUGACCAGGUAGUGGAAGACUUGAACUCCAGAGAGCAGGAAACCUGUCAACCCGUACACGUCAUCAAUGUCGACAUUCAGGACAAUCACGAAGAGGCCACACUAGGAGCUUUCUUAAUAUGUGAACUUUGCCAAUGUAUACAACACACAGACGACAUGGAGAAUGAGAUAGAUGAGCUACUACAGGAGUUUGAAGACAAGAGUGGUCGGACCUUUCUCCAUACUAUCUGCUUCUAUUGAUGCAGAUCCACUCAGGCCUUAUUCUGUGAUUGUUAUUAUAUCGCAUUUCCUGGGAUAUUUUUUUUUUUCUUAUUUUUUUU